AUUGGUUUACACAUAAACUGUAAGACGCAUUCUGCGUGUUCUGCCUCAAGUUUUAAUUCCCACUUUGAGUUUAAAUGUGCACAAAAGCAGCAUUUGUUAUUAUUAUUAUUAUUGAUUAUUGUCAAUAGUUUUAUAUGUGGAAACAUUUUAUGUUGAGCAGAGAAACCAGUAAGGGCUGUUUUCAUGCAUGGAGGCCACUCCCUUUCUGUUACUUUGAGGAGAACCUGCAGAGUGGCAGCACAAUAACGCUGAACGUUUUCUGUAAAGUCUUGUGGAACAGAUCUUUAAUGUGUGAAAACCUUGGAAAACACCUGAAAACCACCUCCAGCGAUCGUUGUGUGCCUUCCUCUCUGCCCACAGCCCUGCUUCCUUUACUGACGUCAACAACCACUGAUGAUGAGCAUCCAGAUGACAAAGAGUAUUAGGAAAUUUCUGCUUUUGUUUCCGCCUGCGUUGUGCGUCAUGUAUCUCACACUGCCAUCUGUGCGAUUUUUGAUAGGACUCCUGCCGAUGGACAAGUGUUCUUUGGAAAGCGUCAAGCUGCUGAAACCUGGUAACGCUGCUGACACAGAACUCGACCUUUGGUCUCGAAGUGACGUGCAGACAUGCACCUCCUGGAACGCUCCCAUCAUCUGGGAAGGAAUGUUUAACCCCGGCCAUUACGACCAGACACACCGAAGCGAAGGCUCUUCUGUCGCUUUAACUGUGUUUGCAGUUGGCAGGUACCUGGAUGCCUACCUGGAGGCUUUCCUGAACUCAUCAGAGCGUCACUUCAUGUUGAGUUUGCCCGUGUCGUAUUACGUGUUCACAGACAGACCGGAGAAAGUGCCGAACAUCAACCUCGCCCCCAAUCGUCACCUGAACGUAAUCAAAGUGGAGAGACACGCGCGGUGGCAGGACAUCUCCAUGACGAGGAUGAAGACGAUCUCGGACGUCAUAGAGUCGGAUAUCCGCCACCACUCCACGCACGUCUUCUGCUUCGACGUCGACCAGGUGUUCACCGGGAGGUUUGGCCCCGAGGCGCUGGGAGACACCGUGGCUCUGCUUCACGCCCACUACUACCACCUCCCGCGGAAGCUGUUCACCUACGAUCGCAACCCCAAAUCCGAGGCGUUCAUGAGGACUGGGGAUUUUUACUACCACGCCGCUGUCUUCGGAGGCUCGUGGAGGAGCGUGAAGGCGCUGACAGAGGCCUGCUACAAGAGCAUCAUGGAGGACAAGAAGAACAACGUGGAGGCCCUGUGGCACGACGAGAGUCAUUUGAACAAGUACUUUUGGCUUCACAAGCCAAGCAGGAUUCUUUCCCCGGAGUACUGCUGGGACACCAGCAUCGGCUACAGGUUUGACAUACGUGUGCACCGGCUGCUUUGGGCACCCAAGGAUUAUUACAAGCUGAGGACGUCAUAGAUUAAUGCGUCUCAAGCUCCUAAGCCACAAACAGAGCCGGGCAUUAGCUGUGAUAUACAGGUGACUCUUACUAAAUGAAUACAAAACACCAUCAAGAACUUUAAUUGUUCUUUAACAGUAAUUCUGUUCAGUUCAAUCUUCUGUAUUGUGUAGAUUCAUUAAACACAGAGUGGUAGAUUUCAGGUGUUUAUUUGAUGAUCACAGUCAAGGAAACCCCAAAUUUAAAUUCCUCAGAAAUUCUGAUUAUCAAUUAAGACUAAUAAAAAUGUAUUUCUAAUACAGGAUUGUUAGCCUACCGGGAGGUGUGUCCAUGUACAGUAUGUGCACUUGGUUGGGGGCUCCUUGUGCACAAAUUACUGCCAGGGGAAAUUAUUCCCCUGGCUUUUUCCAGAGGUGUCAAAAGUAUUCACAUUUAUCACUCAAGUGGAAGUAUAGAUAGUAAAGUUUAAAAAUACUUCUGAAGAAGUAGAAGUAUCAACUGCAACCUUUUAUUCAAGUACAAGUAUAAAAAUACUAGUUUCAAAACUACUUACAGUACAGUAAAAGUAAUUUAAAUUAAAAAAUGCCAGUAAGGACAAAACCUUAGACCUCCAGCACCACAGGGACCAUUAUUACUCUGAUCGUAUAGUAUAAUGUUAAUAUUGAAAGAAAUUGGGAUUUGUUGUUUCACCCACAUAUAUGUCCAUUGAAAACAAAACAAUUAGUACAAUGAAAAUAUAUUAAAGGUCCAUAUAUGUGCAAUACUGAGCUUCAAGAUGGGUUUCAUGGAGCAGAAAGUCUGAUGUCUGGUUGCCUAUAAGUAUAGGUGCAAAAAGUCAAACUAGAGACAUUUUAUCAAUA